AUGAAGACUGGAAAGCUUCUCUCUCUCUCUCAAACUCUCUCUCUCUCUCUCAAACUCUCUCUCUCUCUCUCUCUCAAACUCUCUCUCUCUCAAACUCUCUCAAACUCUCUCUCUCUCAAACUCUCUCUCUCUCUCUCUCUCUCUCUCUCUCUCUCUCUCUCUCUCUCUCUCUCUCUCUCUCUCUCUCUCUCUCUCUCUCUCUCUCUCUCAUUCUCUCUCAUUCUCUCUCAUUCUCUCUCAUUCUCUCUCUCUCCAUUCAUUGUUAUUGUUGGCGGAGAAGGGGUCUACGGUGGCAAUCGCGUUUGUCGGAGGAAUAUGGAGGUUUUGGGCUCAGAGGAGUCUGCUUCCAGCGAGGUCCUUGAGUGCGAUGGCUUCAUCCUCCCAGACUUUAUCGAUGAGCAAUGCUUUCGCUCCUUUUGCUGGCCGCAUUUGAGCACCAUCUUUGCCCAUGCCCUGACGCUGAACAUUGGCCAGCCCUACAUCGUCCCGCUCCGCCAGGCAGACAUUUACGGCGGUGUGUACCGAUGCGUGACCUGUGGCCAUGCCGGCCUGCUCCAUGACAACGUCUCGCAGCUCCUACGCGAGCACUGCCAGAUGGUUUAUGAGGAGUUGGCAGCCCAGUGUUCCUCUGAUUGCCAAACCUUCCUUCGCCGGUUCCGCUUUCGACUUCGCCAGUUUGCUCAGGGUGCAAUUCUGAUCCGACCCCUGGUGGCCUACAUGGAACGCACCUACCUCGAAGCAGAGCUUGAGACCGACUGGAUUACAGAGACGGAGACCAUAUUUCGCACCAUGGUUCUUGAUCGCGACCCGAUCCAUGACACACUCUUUGAAUACCUAGAGGUCGCCUUUGAGAAUGACUUGCUGCUCGAUCCGAGCGACAUGGAGUGCAUGGCAGAGCGCCUCUUCCGCAUCAACCCUCACUAUCGCGAUCUUUUGCCCAAUUUUUUUGAUCGCUACGUGGCGCAAGGCUAUUCCCCCUCCUGCACCACCGAACUCACCCUAAAGCCCACCUUUUUGACCCAAGAACAAUACGAACAGCUCAAGCUCGCCAACCCCGCGAUCCUGCAGCACCUGCCCCAACCCGCCGCCCAGCCUCAGACUCUGAAGACGACAAUACUGAACACAUCCAGCGCACCAACCAUCCCAGGCACAAAGCUGCGACUGCCCUAA